AUGAACGAACAGCUUACGUUUUAUCCAGAAGAUGUGCUCACUUCUAAACGAUUUGUUCAAAAAUUAUACGACAAUAAUACUUUAUAUAAUGAAAAUAGUGCGGUAUUGCAAGCGUUGAACAAAAAGCCUGUGUGUAUCAUUAUACUCGGGAAACCGUGUUCAGGAAAGACUGAAUUGGCCAAAAGACUAUGCUCAAAAUGGAAAUUGCAGCUUGUUAACGCAAUGGAACUUAUAACGGAGAAUAUUGAUAGAGCAACAUAUAGUGGAAAAGUUAUUAGUGAAGUAAUGGGUAGUGGUCAGCCUUUGGAUGAAAAACUAGUUUAUAAUUUAAUUACGCAGAAACUUGAGUCACCUGAGUGUGCUCAUUAUGGAUAUGUACUGGAUGAUUUACCAGCUUUCUCUGAGUCAAUAAUUACUAUCGAAGAUCAAAUCGCCUGUAUUACAUCUCUGAAUCUGAAGCCGGACUUCAUUGUUCACAUCAAGAUUCCUCAAGAGGAUAUCAUACGAAGACGUGAAGGACUGAGAAUUGAUGUGGAAGAUGGAACUGUAUAUUCCAGUCAAAAUUAUACUGACGAAUUAAAAUCGUUUUGUGAACCUGAGGAAAAAUUUUCAAACAAAACAACGAAAUUUAAACAAAAUAAAACUGAAGAGGAUACAGAUGAUAGUUUAGAUAAUGUACUUGAAGAUGUUGAAGCUAUGGAAGAAGUUAAUGAAGAAGAAGAUCAAAUUAGUGGACAAAGUCAUCCAGAUUUCAAAAAGUUAAAUAAGAAUAAAUUAGAAUAUUUAAUUUCCCGACUGGAAGAUAAUCCAGAGAAAAUGAAAUUAGAUUUAGAAUAUCAUGACAAAAAUAUCGCAUCACACAUAACUUCUUAUAUAAAAAUGUUUAAUCCAUUCAAUGUCAUUGAAUUAGAUGGAAAUCUAACCCCAACUGAACUGUUUUAUAAUCUACUGGUUAAAUUACAAGGUAUGAAUUUAUAUCCAUCAGUAGCACCAAUAAGAUUUUUCGGUCCAACUGGGGAAGGUGAAGAGGAAGAAGAAGAAGUCAUACCUGAAGAUAUAGAUACUGAAGAGUUAUUUAGAAUAGUAGCUACUAAAAAAAUGCCAGGUCCAAGGGCUCGUUGGCAUAAAAGCCCGUGGAAACGUUUAUGCCCUGUAGCAUUAUAUGAAGGUCAGCUGUCUAUGGGAAAACCAGAAUUUACAGUUGGUUAUCUUGGACAAAUAUUUUGUUUAGCAAAUAUUGAAAAUUUUACAUCAUUUAUGAAAAAUCCAAGACCUUAUUUAUUACCACCUCAACCAAGACCACCAUUUCGUGUUGUUGUACUUGGUCCUAAAGCAUCUGAAAUUCAAGAGAAAACUGAAGCAAUUGUAAUCAAAGAAAUAACGGAAAAACAACAGUUAGAAAUUCAAUCAUUAAACUCAGAAAAAGUGACUGAGGAUACAACUGAAAUAACUGAAGAAAUAGUGACAAAUAAAACAGAAGAACAAAUCACUAAUGAUAAGGAUUCACAGGAAGGAGAAAAGACAAGUGAAUUGAAUGAAAAGAAAGAACAGUCACCAUCGUCUGACAUUCCACAAUAUUUACUUCAACCAAUAGAUAAAGAUCAUCCAGAAGUUAAAAAGCGUGUUGCAGAAGCUCUUCAGAGUAUUAAACAAGAGUCAAUUGAAAUUGAAGUAGAUUUUUACAUAAAUGCUGUUCGUGCCGCAGUUGAUGAAGCUGAAGCCAAAUUACGUAAUGACAAUCCAGGUGGUCCAUAUCACGGUCAGUGGAUUAUUGAUGGUCUUCCUGCACGUCCAGAUGUUUGGAGAAGUUUCACGGAGAAUGCUCCAGAAUUACUGCCUGAUCUAAUCGUUUACUUACAAGAUACAAGUAUAAAUUCAGAGUACUUACUUCGACGAUGGAUUCAAUUAAAAAUAGAAGAAUUCAGUGACAUAGAAUCAGUUGAUCUAACCGAGAAUAUUGAGAGUGUAAUCACUGAAGAUCUUGAAAAUGAACAACCUAAAAUAUCCGAGGAAACCAUUAUUCUAAAUGGAAGUCAUGGUCAAGCUGCCCUAUUGAAACUUAAAGAGGCAGAAAAAUUAUGGACAGAAAGUUUUGAUUUGUUAAAGCGUACAACUCAACCGCUAGGUGCUCCUGUUGAUGUAAUGGAAUUGAAUAUAACUGAUAAGACAAUAGAUCAAAUGAGAGAAGAAGUUUUAGAUCGUUUAGUUAACCAAUUUAAAAUAGAACCGAUAGCAAAGACACAGGAGGAUUUAGAUGAAGAGGAAGAAGAAGAUGCUGGUGCAUUUGAAGAAACAAUUGAUGAAGAGUUUAGUAUAGAUGAAGAAGGUAUAGAAGAAGGUGAAGAAGAGAAUGAACAAAAGGAAGAAGGUGAAGAAGUAGAAGAGGAAGAGGGUGAAGAAGAAGAAUCAGAUUCAAGUAGAAAUUUACAGAAAAAUUUAGGUUUAACAAGUUAUUUCUGCCCAGUAACAUUACGUGAAUAUGGUGUAUUGCGUGCUGGUGAUCCAGAAAUUGUAGCUGUUCAUCAAAAUUUAAUUUAUUACUUUUCUAAUGAAGAGGCCAGAUCAAAGUUUAUGGAAAAUCCAAAUGUCAUAUUAAAUGGUUCAAAUGGAUUACUAAAGCCUCCACCGCCAAGAAUCUUAAUACUUGGACCAACUGGUACAGGGAAGUCUUUGCACAGUCGUCAAAUAGCAUUGAAUUUAAAUCUAGUACAUAUUGAUUUCUUAAGUUUAUUACAAGAGAUAACAUUUCCAAAACUUGGUAAGAAGAUUGGUAAACAGUAUGCAGAUCAAGAACCUAUACCGGAUAUUGUAUUGCCUCCACUUGAAGAGUCAGCAAACGAAAAUGAUGAGAAACGAGAAGCAUCAGAGAAUGUAAUACAAAAGCCAAAUUUAACAGAAAUAACAGACGAGUCAGAUAAAUCACUUUUGUUAGAUGAACAUGAAACAAAUGUUUAUGAAUAUCUAUUAAAUUCUACAUCGAUACCUAACGAUACAUUAGAAUGGUUACUUGGGAAGUUUUGGAAACAAGAACCAUAUAAAUCGACUGGUUUCAUACUGGAUGGUUUUCCUCAAAGUGUAGAAGACCUUCAGUUUUUAGUAACAUCAAACUAUUUUUUUGAUUAUGCAAUAUUUUUAACCACUGAAGCUGACGAAGUUGUCUCCAGAUUAUUACCACCUAGACUGGAGGUAUGGCGUAAAUUGAUGGCAAAAAAAGCCGAGAAUGCAGCUAAAUUGAUGGAAUGGAAAACUGCCAAAAAAAAAUUGGCCAUGGACAAAAGACGGUCGGAAAUACUUAAGGAAUUAGAAGAGAAGAGAGAAAAUGCGAGAAUGAAACAAACUUCCGAUGAUCCGGAUGUUGGAGAAGAUGAAGAACUGGAGGAUGAAGUUGAUAUUGAUGAAAUGCUGGCAGAAGAAUUUGCUGAAGAUGAAGAGGAAAUGGAUGAUGAAGAAGAAGAGACUGAAGCUGAUGUUGUAGAACGAUUAACUGAAGAGAUCACUGAAACAUUUAAUGAUUCGAAUGAUGUUUUUACAGAAAUAUCUGAACAAAUUGAUGAUUUAUCUAUACCAAAGUAUGAAAUUAAUGCUGGUGGUAAAAUUACAUGGGCUCGUUAUCGAAUUGUUAAACGCUUACAUAGUUUAUUAGAGAACCGUAACUCAUUAUUUGAACGUGUCUAUCCAAUUGCACCAAAAAUUGCGGAACGUUUAUUAAUUAAUGGCUAUUAUUUUCCAAGCUCAUAUGGUCGAUGGUGUCCAGUUACAUUAUACUUUCAAAAUGCAUGGCUUCCACCUAUUCCAAUGCCUAAUAUAAAAGUUGGUAAUCCGAAAUAUUUGAGUAAAUUACCUGGGACUAUUGGUGAAACAUUACCUAUAGUUAAAGCUAAAACGUGUGCUGCAAUUUAUAAACAACAUAUCUAUUGGUUUAUGAAUUCUAAUGCUCGUGGAUUAUUUAUGAAAAAUCCUUUGAAGUAUACACAGAAAUAUACAGAUCCACCAUUUAGAGUACCACUAAGAUUACAUAUUAUAGGACCUCCAAAAAGCGGCAAAACAACUAUUGCUCAACGUUUAGCUAAAGAAUAUAAUAUACCUGUAAUUAAUGCUGGAGAUUCAAUACGUUGGGUAUUAAAUGAUCCAAGUCAUAUGCAUACAUCAUUAGCUACUAGAAUUAGAGAACAAUUUAAUCGAGGUGAAUGUAUUUCAGAUGAACUAACAGCUCAAGCUAUUCAAACAUUAUUAAUGAAUGGUAUUUAUUUCACACGUGGAUAUAUUUUAGAAAAUUAUCCAUUAACUAAAGAACAAGGUGAAUUGUUAUCGAUUUUUGGUGUUCGACCAAAUCUUGUUAUUGAAUUAGUUGUAAAAAAUGAAAAACAAAAAGAAGAAUUAAUUGUACGAGGAAUUACACAAUCAUCAAACACAAAUCAACUAAAACUGUCCAAAUCAAGCCUUUCAUUUCUUACGUAUGAUGAAAAACAUAUGACGACAAAUGGAACUGCAGAAGAACACUAUUCAGAUAAUGAACCAGAAAGGAGUGAAGAAGGAUUCAAAUUGCCUGAACCAGAAGUGGAUAUUGCACAAGAGUUAGUUAUUCGUUUAGCAGCUUAUGAUAACAUCAUCCUACAACUUAAAGAAUGGUAUUUAUCCCGUAAUGGAAUUCUAGUUGAAUUAGAAGCAGUUCAAAAUCGAUGGUUAUUAUGGCGUAAAGUGAUUUAUUUAAUUAAGCAUAGGAUGAGACAUAUUGAAGAAUAUAUGGAAAGAAUAACUGCUCAUAAAGCAGCUUCUAUAGCUGAAUUAGGAAUUGAACAGUGUGAAUAUGAUAAAUUAACCAGUGAAUUCCGUCAGUAUUGUCCUGUCGCGUUGAGGGAAAGGCAAGAGUUAGAAGAUACAAUUGAUGAACCUAAACAACGAUUCAUUGUUAAGUUAAAUAUCAAUGACAAUCAAAUAAACAAAUCAUAUCAUAUCAGUUCAACAAAACAUAAUUUGCAGAAAAUGUUACAUAAUAAUGGUUAUUACAGUAGUAAAGAAAAUGAAUAUCCCAACGUGAAUAAUCAAAACAAUGAUAUCAAGAGUGAUGUUACCACUUCCAUUGAUGAUGAUGAUAAUAAUAAUGGUAAUGAAAAGAAUAAUUUAAUUUAUAUCCAUACAUCAAUGCGUUUUACCGCUGAAUAUGAAGGACGUUAUUAUCGUAUGGCUGGACCAAGUGAACUACAAGCAUUUCUAGCAAAUCCAACUAGAUAUGUUUCACCAAAUAAUAUUAAUGCAUUACCAGAAAACGAACUAAUACCAAUACGAUUGAAGGGAGAUAAUUUAAAACAAAUACAUGAUUCAUUCCCCAAACAAUUAGCCCUAAAUGGCUAUUGUCCGGUUUGUUUUUAUGAUAGUAAAUUACGUUAUGAAGGAUUAAAAUUAGGACUACCGGAAUACUUGGCUAAUUACGAUCACAAAAUAUAUGCUUUCUGUUCAAAUAAUUGUCUAUUGAACUUUCUCAGAAAACCUAUUCUUUUUGCUAAUCUACAACUGCCCCACAAAUUGCCACCAGUUGCAAACCCUAUCACAGUGAAAUCAUUACCAUUGCCUGGUUUUCUUGAACAAACAUUAUCUGUAGCCCUUCUUAGGGCAUUAUCUUCUAUUAGUCAAGAAAGGCCAAAGUUUCCAUUCAUUACAAUUAAACGAUCAGCACUGAUUUAUAUGGGAUUACAUUUAAAAGCUUAUAAUCCACGAUUUCCGAUAAACGAACAAAAGAAAAAUCAACAAAAGUUGGCUAAUUAUAUGAAUGCUUGUCACCUAAUACCAUGGUUGGCUAAAUCUAUGCCAAUUCAAUUUCUUUCGGUCAACAAACGUUCAAUGGAAUUCAAUACAAAACUAGAUCACUUUCUUGGCCUUGAAAAGCAUAAAGAUCUCCCUGAAAUAUGGAUUCAUUAG